UAUUUAUCGUGGAAUUGUUGUGAAUACUACAGCAGAGAACUUACUUAUAUUAAGAUAUUUUCCAUUCUUUGCUAAAACUUUCUAUUUUUUCUGCUUCCUCGAAGCAUAUAUUUAAACAACGCCUCGGGCUAUUUACCGACAGUUUUGUAAUAAACUUUAAAAAUGCAACGGGAGGAGAAACAAAUGGAAAUGACGUUGGACGCUAUUUUGAGUAGGCUAAAUGAUUUAAAGAUGUCGAUUGGUGGGAUGAUACAAAAACUUGAAACCGAAUAUGAAAUAAUUAACUGGCCAAGCUUUCUAGAUAAUUUUGCAAUAAUAUCAAGUCAUUUGACAGGGUUGUCCAAAAUCCUAGCUAAAGAAGUCUGCCCACCUCUACGUAACCGGACCGUUCUGCCACUACUUUUGUCGCAAGACCGUGAUGAGUCCUUGGUAAAUAUUACACAAGGACGUGUUCCCGUAUUUUCACACGACAUUGUUCCCGAUUAUUUGCGUACCAAACCGGAUCCUUUAACUGAACAAAAAAUAAUUCAAAGUGAACAGAAAGCAGCUAAUUUGACUGUGGAAGCAGCAAUGAAGCAAGUAACACAGUACAACAAAGUCGUAUCUCAUGUAUUAGACAUGGUUAGUAAAGCUCGUGAGGAAUGGGAAAUGGAAUCUUCAACAAGAGCAGGGAUUCAACAAACAAGCAGUAUGGCAGAUACUCAUGCUCUAGUUGCUGCAGUUGGAAUGGGUAAAGGACUGAAAGUAAAUGUUCCAAUAAACGUACAAACAGGGCCAGGAAAUAUGAUGGUGCCACCUCUACGAGCCUCAGCUCCUAUGUCAUCUGUUAGUCCAGGAGGAGUUGCCCAAAUAAACAAGGCUCCAGCUGGCAUCAAAACUAAUAUUAAACCAGCAAUGCAAGUUCACCAAUUUACUCGUUAAAUAGUCAUUUUAUUUAAGGAAAAUGAAGAGAGACCACACAGGCCCAAAGAAAAACUCAACUCGUUGAAAUGUGUAGUAUAUACUUAUUUAUGUAUAUAUUAUUUCUUUAAAUAGAAAGUUUACCAUUU